UUUCCUCGCCCCGUCAAAUAUUUACUACUAUGCCGUGCAAUCUGAGCGACAUCUGUGAAUAUGAAACUAAUAAACUUGUCAGAAUACAGAGUGUUAGGCUCGGCUCGCUGAAAUGGACUCUAAACGGGGUCAUUUUGAUGUUUAUAUGCAUCAUGAUGUUCUGGAAUAAGGAGUAUCAGGAAUAUGACCUGGUGGUCAGCUCCGUUACUACGAAGGUUAAGGGGGUCGCGCUGACGAACGUGCCUGAAGUUGGGGAGAUGCUGUGGGACGUGGUGGACCACAGUGGAAUAUCCCAGGACAAGAACUCUUUCUUUGUGGUGACCAACGUUUUGGUCACAAAGAAACAAAAACAAGGGAAAUGCCCAGAGGAGCCACUGUAUGGGAAAGUGUGCCGCACGGAUAAAGACUGUGAGAAGGGCGUGUGGGACCAGCGCAGCCACGGAGUUCAAACGGGAACCUGUGUGAAGUACGACCAAACAAGGAAAACCUGUGAAGUGUCCGCGUGGUGUCCUAUUGAGAACAAGAAAAAGCCCCACAGGCCUGCUCUUUUGGCAUCUGCAGAGAACUUCACUGUACUUAUCAAGAACAACAUCCGAUUCCCAGCCUUCGGCUAUAUAAGGAGGAACAUUCUACCCGAAAUGACGGACACUUACCUCAAGAGGUGCACCUUCAACAGACUCACCGACCCUUUCUGUCCCAUCUUCCGCCUGGGCGACAUCGUGCAGGAGGCCAAAGAGAACUUCUCCGACUUAGCAGUGGAGGGGGGAGUCAUUGGGAUCCAGAUAAAGUGGGACUGUGACCUGGACCGGCUCUUUCACAGGUGUCUGCCCACCUACUCAUUCCGCCGGCUGGAUGAGAAGGAGAGCAACCGCACCCUGUACCCAGGGCUUAACUUAAGGUUUGCAAAGUAUUACAGAGAGAAUGGAGUGGAUGAGAGGACUUUGUUUAAAGCGUUUGGGAUCAGGUUUGACGUGAUGGUGUUCGGAAAGGCAGGAAAAUUCAGCAUAAUCCAGCUGGUCAUCUAUAUUGGAUCAACUCUGUCUUACUACGCUUUGACCACGGUGUUCAUCGACUGGCUCAUAACCACCAGCUGCUACUCCCAAGAGGCCCGGCAGAACUACUCGGAGAGGAAAUUCGAGUCUGUGCGGGACAGGAAGCAGUGCCUGCUUUGUGUCUCCUUUGUGGACGAGGAUCACGUGAGAGUGGUAAAACGACCAAGGAAGAAGAGAUUACAGGAGGCGAAGCCCAUCUCUCUCCACCCCCGGAUGGACGGCGUUCUGAGCAUGCGGGUUUUGGGGGGCGUUGUACAGAGCCCCCCCGGGCGUGGCACGACUGAGUUGCGGGAGGUUGCCGAGGCAGACCCUCCGACCUGGUGCCUCUGCGGGCGGUGUCCCCCCCGCUCCACCCCCCAGGAGCAGCUGUGCUGCCGGCGUGCCCGUGGGAAGUGCAUCACCGCCUCCGCCCUCUUCCCCCGGCUCCUUCUGAGCCGCCCCGUCCUGGAGACGGCGCUGCUGUACCGGGAGCCUCUCCUGGACCUCCCCAAAGGGGACCCCGCCCGCCCACUCCGCCACUGCGCCUACCGCCUCUACAUCGACUGGCGCAUCGGGGUCCCGCCGGCGGGGGCCUAUCCGGUCAUCCCCAGCUGCUGCGUUCAGCGAAUCAGAGAGCAGUACCCCAGCCAGGACGGGUGCUACAGAGGCCUGCCGCCAAUCAGUUCACUGUCCUGCAACUCUAGUGCUGAGACAAAUGUUUAAGAACCGGCAAACGCUGGCGACAGUGACCCCCGUUGGGUUUAGGGGGUACGGAGCUUUCUGGAGGCCUCCGUCACUGUUUCUCUUGAGCAGUAUUAUUAUUUUGAAAGGCAAAUAGUGGCAUUAAGUAACAUUUUUGUACCUUGAUCUGUAUGUGCUGUCUUGGCCCAGUCUGCAGUCUUAACAUUUUAACAUGUUUUUUUUUCCCUUCAGUGUUUUAUUGUUUCUAACUUUCCCGUGUUACUGUGUGCAUUUUAUUAUUCAGUAACUAAAAACGAUUUAAACAAAACCACUUGGCUCCUU